AUGUCAGAAGAAGCCGUAGCCCUAGUAGUUGACAAUGGAAGUGGAAUGGUGAAGUCCGGAUUGGCAGGUGACGAUGCACCUAAGUGUGUAUUUCCAUCAAUUGUGGGAAGACCCAAAAUGCCAAAUAUAAUGGUAGGCAUGGAACAGAAAGAAUGCUACGUAGGCGAUGAAGCACAAAACAAGAGAGGAAUACUAACCCUAAAGUACCCAAUUGAACAUGGAAUAGUAACCAACUGGGACGACAUGGAGAAAAUAUGGCACCAUACAUUUUAUAACGAGUUAAGAGUUUCUCCUGAAGAGCAUCCAGUCCUGCUGACAGAAGCACCUUUGAACCCGAAGACGAAUAGAGAGCGCAUGACGCAAAUUAUGUUUGAGUCCUUUGACGUACCGGCUAUGUAUGUCAGCAUUCAGGCCAUUUUGUCCCUGUACGCUUCUGGAAGGACAACGGGAAUCGUGCUGGACAGCGGCGACGGAGUGAGCCACACCGUUCCAAUUUACGAGGGCUAUGUGCUUCCGCACGCAAUCAACAGAGUCGACAUGGCGGGGAGAGAUUUGACCUACCACAUGAUGAAGCUGUUCACAGAAAGGGGACACACAUUCACAACAACGGCAGAAAGAGAAAUCGUUCGAGACAUAAAGGAAAAACUAUGUUAUAUUGCACUAGAUUAUGAUGAAGAAUUAAAAAAAUCAGAGGAACAUUCCGACCAGAUAGAAGAAAUAUAUGAAUUGCCCGAUGGAAAUUUAAUAACCGUAGGUAGCGAAAGGUUCAGAUGCCCAGAAGCAUUAUUUAAUCCAACGUUAAUAGGAAGAGAAUGUCCAGGACUACACAUCACAGCUUACCAAAGUAUAAUGAAAUGUGACAUUGACAUAAGAAAAGAAUUGUACAGUAAUAUUGUUCUAAGUGGUGGCACUACUAUGUAUAAUAAUAUUGGGGAAAGAUUGACGAAAGAAAUGACCAACUUAGCUCCGUCUUCCAUGAAAAUUAAAGUUAUUGCACCACCUGAGAGGAAGUACUCCGUGUGGAUAGGAGGGUCCAUUUUAUCGUCAUUGUCCACCUUUCAGCAGAUGUGGAUAACCAAGGAGGAGUACGAGGAAGCUGGGCCUAGCAUCGUUCACAGGAAGUGCUUUUAA